CUCGCAUAGAAAAGCCGAGAUAAUGCGCUUCAUCCUCCACCCUAGAGUCUAUGGGGAGCUCUUCAACGACAUCGUCUAUGGCGGUGGCUGGCGCGUUUCUCGGCCAUUCCGAGAUUUCCAGUCGACUGCGCACGUGCAUCUCCAGCAGCAGAAGAGAAAUUACAGUCGGCAAUCAUGAUGUCUCUAUCGCAGUUCAAGAAGGAGGCCAACUGGUUCAUGGUCUACUACCUGUCGGUGGUCCACCUAGGAGCACUCGAAGGUGUGCGUCGUUUCUUCUUCUGCAAAUGGGAGACGUUCCCGCUCUUCGUCUUCAUCUACUACCUGUCUGGUCUGGGCAUUACCAUGGGUGCUCACCGUCUGUGGGCGCACCGCAGCUACAAGGCGCACGGCAUCGUGCGCUUCUUCCUCAUGCUCUGCAACUGCAUGGCCAACCAGGGCACCAUCUUCCACUGGAGCCGUGACCACCGCGUGCACCACAAGUACUCGGACACGGUGGCUGACCCCCACAACUCGGAACGCGGCUUUUUCUUCGCUCACAUGGGCUGGCUGCUUGUCAAGAAGGACCCGCGUGUGCUUGAGGCCGGUACCAAGCUCAACUACGACGACUUGUGGGCGGACUGGACUGUCGUGGUUCAGGAGAAGCUCAACCCGUGGGGUCAAUUAUUUAUGUGCUUUGUCUUCCCCACCAUCGUGGGCGUGCAGGCUGUUGGCGAGGACUGGAAGAACGCGCUCUUCAUCCUCGGUUUCCUGCGUUACGUGGCUGUGCUGCACGCUACGUGGCUUGUCAACAGCGCUGCGCACUUCUACGGCUACCAGCUCUACGACAACAUCCCGCCGCGUGAGAACUGGUUCGUGUCGCUCUGGGCUAUUGGUGAGGGCUGGCACAACUGGCACCACAAGUUCCCGUACGACUACGCCACGAGCGAGUUCGGCGCCACGGCACAGUUCAACCCCACCAAGCUCACGAUCGACUUCAUGGCCCUGCUGGGUCUUGUGACGGACCGUAAGCGCGCCACUGAGAUCUGGUCAAAGAUCAAGGAGUCCAAGGAAAAGGGCUCCAAGUUCCAGGACCCCAACGGAGACGACCCCACCAAGGCCUUCUCCGAACUCAAGGCCAAGGCCAAUUAAACGCAGUCAGUCAGCAUGUUUUGUACGUCCUGGCGCCUUCGCUACGCUGGUGAAUUUGCUGGUGAGGAGCACAGGAUAAAAGAAUAUUUUCACUAACAAGCUUACCUUAUUGAUCGAUUGAUAUCCGA